GCGGCCGCUGCCUGCCCCGUUAACGUGUCACGGGAGGGAGACGCGUCGCAAAAAGUCGCGGUGGAACUUCCCUACGAUCUACAAACCUGGCGUUUUACGGUUCCAGUCCCUGCUGAGCUGGGAGAUGUCGGCUGCGGGACGGCCCGAGCCCUUGCGUCCUCCCGACGGCUUUGCGAAGCGGGUCCUGGUGACCGGGGGUGCUGGUUUCAUCGCAUCACAUGUGAUUGUCUCCUUAGUAGAAGAUUAUCCAAACUAUAUGAUCAUAAAUCUAGACAAGCUGGAUUACUGUGCAAGCCUGAAGAAUCUUGAAACCAUUUCUAAUAAACAAAAUUACAAAUUUAUACAGGGUGACAUAUGUGAUUCUCACUUCGUGAAACUACUUUUUGAAACAGAGAAAAUAGACAUAGUACUACAUUUUGCUGCACAAACACAUGUAGAUCUUUCGUUUGUCCGUGCCUUUGAGUUUACGUAUGUUAAUGUUUAUGGCACUCACGUUUUGGUAAGCGCUGCUCAUGAAGCCAGAGUGGAGAAAUUUAUUUAUGUCAGCACAGAUGAGGUCUAUGGAGGCAGUCUUGAUAAGGAAUUUGAUGAAUCUUCUCCCAAACAACCUACAAAUCCUUAUGCAUCAUCUAAAGCAGCUGCUGAGUGUUUUGUACAGUCUUACUGGGAACGAUACAGGUUUCCAGUUGUCAUCACACGAAGCAGUAAUGUUUAUGGACCACAUCAAUAUCCAGAAAAGGUUAUUCCAAAAUUUAUAUCUUUACUUCAACACAACAGGAAAUGCUGCAUUCAUGGAUCAGGGCUUCAAACAAGAAACUUCCUUUAUGCUACUGAUGUAGUAGAAGCAUUUCUCACUGUCCUCAAAAAGGGAAAACCAGGUGAAAUUUAUAACAUUGGAACCAAUUUUGAAAUGUCAGUUCUCCAGCUUGCCAAAGAACUAAUACAACUGAUCAAAGAGACCAAUUCAGAGUCUGAAAUGGAAAACUGGGUUGAUUAUGUUAAUGAUAGACCUACCAAUGACAUGAGAUAUCCAAUGAAAUCAGAAAAAAUACAUGGCUUAGGAUGGAGACCUAAAGUGCCUUGGAAAGAAGGAAUACAGAAAACAAUUGAGUGGUACAGAGAGAAUUUUCACAACUGGAAGAAUGCAGAAAAGGCAUUAGAACCCUUUCCAGUACAACCACCGUUUGUAUAGCCGGGACAGUUUUCAGAGAAAGAAGAAACUUAUCCUACCUCAACAAGUGAUAUGAAAUCAAGCGACCAAAUGAAGUGUCCUCUUUUCAUUUGGAAUUAGAUUAUGACUUUUUGUAUAAAAUUCAAAUGUAAAAUGCCUCAGUCUUUAGAAGAGGUUCAGUAUUAGCAUAGGAUUUAAAUAUCAAAAUUCUCUCAGAAACCUUUUCUCCUAAAAAUUAGGGACCAGUAAGCAUAGAAAGACUCUUCUGUAGGUGUGGGCCAGGAAGGAGGAAAUCUCCUGGUUCUGAAAACAAGGACAGGUAAUAGCUCUGGGCAGAUGACAGCCUUCGCUGGCAGUGAACUCAGCUUCCCAUCCUUUCCCACUGCCUAGACAGUCUCUGAAGUUUUUUAGGCAGUAUAGGAUGAGCCUUUUGCCCUAAUUUAUCUUUUUAAGGUCUGAUGUGCUACAGUUGCUUUAAAAAUGAAACAAAUGGAAGCAUAUCUAGCACUUUUUAACUUUAUUUGAUAAUUUUGUACAAUUAAGUUAAAUAUUUUUUAAAAGAAGGAUGUAGUUUUUAUAUUUUCAAAAUUAGUCAUUGAACUAUGUAAGUAAUCUUGUAUCAGAGAAAUUUU